GCUGUUCAAACAAAAACAUUGUUUCCUUUCUAAAACGUUAAAUAUUUCAAGUCUUCAUGCACAAUAAUGCUUAACAUUGACACUUAUUUCUUAAUCCAUGGCCCCUUUGAAAUAACAAAGGGUUGCCUAAGCUUGUAAUAAGACAGGAAAUUACUAGGGGCAAGUCCCUGGGGUGCAGUGCAAUUUCAUUGGCUGAUCCAGCCAUUAUCACAUGACCUGGGGCUGGCCAGGGCCCUUUAUAUGGGGCUGUCUGUCAGGGGUCGUUCAUUCCCUAAGAUACUCAGUCAGCACUAAGCAAUGGAUAACCAAGACCCCUGUGCAUUUGAAUGUUGUGAGGCCAGCAAGGCUGAAAUAUUUUAUUUCACUGACUCUUUGGAAAUGCCUGAGAAAAGGAGCACAAGACGGAAUUCAAUAUCCGCCAUAUUUGAGCUUCCUCCUUUUAAAAAGCGAAAGAGGAAAAUAGAUGACGAUGCACUGAGUGUGCAAAGCUUGGACAUUUCUUUGACAAAGAAAAAGAGUCGCAGAUCCAUUUUGAGAGUAUCUUCACUUGUGAAUCUCUUGUCGCCAAGCAAAUCUGCAUCUGGCAAGCGUUUCAAGGUCCCACCCACCCCCAGCAGACAGAACCUGUCCCCCUACAAGGCCCCCCAGCCGUCCCCUGCCAAGCGGCGCCUCACCCGCACCUGGAGCGACAUGAUGGCAGAUGGUGGCAACCUCCAUACCCUGACUAACCGGGAUAUCAAGAGGCAGGAGGCCAUCUAUGAGCUGUAUCAGGGCGAGCAAGACAUGAUUGAGGAUCUGAACAAUGUCCAGAAGAACUACAAUGACUCAAUGGCCAAACUGCAGUUGAUGACGACAGGAGAACUCAAGCAGAUAUUCGGACCCAUCAAGACCCUACCUCAGGUUCAUGAAGACUUAGUAUCCCGCCUUCAGAAACAUAGACUACCUGAUGGCACGACACAAGGUAUUGGAGGGGAAGUCCUGGAAUGGAUUUCGUCCUUGGAUGCAUACAUCGAGUUUUGUGCCAACCAGGUGUUUGGCAAGGCACUCUUGGAUGAGAAGAAGAGUGACCCCGCUGUCGACGACUUUCUUGAGAGAUGCCAGGAAUCUCCCUUCAGUCGCAAACUGGACUUGUGGAGCCUUCUAGAUGGAGCAAGGAGCCGAUUUGUGAAAUACCCACUGCUCAUCAGAAGUAUUCUCAAAUAUACGCCUGAAGAUCAUGAAGAUGCAGGUUACCUUCAGGAAGCUAUAAAGUUGGCAGAGUUCUACAUCGCUGAGGCUGACAAGAAGACUGGAGAGGCUAAAUGUCGCUACUACCAGUCUCGUCUCACCUACAUAUACGAUGAUCAGAAACUGACAGAGAUAGAUGACUCUCACAGCCUCAUCUGUAAUGGAGUGCUCAAGAACAACAAAGGAAGCAAGCUGCACAUGUUCCUGUUCGACAAGGUGCUGGUCCCCACGCGCCUCACCAACCAGUACGGGUCUCAGAUGUACCAGGUGUACCGCCAGCCCAUCCCCAUGGAGGACCUGGUGGUGGAGGAUCUCAUGGAGACCGAGAUCAAGAUGGGGUCCUUCCGGUCCGCCUUCAGUCAGACACAAACAGUACGGAAUGUCCUGAAAGUUUCAUUCAAGGACAGCACAAAGGGCCAGUCACACACACUCUUUGCCAACGAUGAACACGAUAAGCGCCAGUGGUUGGCAUGUUUCCGCCAGGUCACAGACGAAGUGCACACGAUAGCACCGACACAUUCUGACAAACGGGCAGCCUAGCCAAUCAAAAUGAAGCCUGCUUUCAUCACUGCCAAUCAAAAGUGCUCUUUGGAUGGUCACCUGACCAUCCUUUCACCAACAGACGAAAGACCGGAGUGAUAUUACAAGUGCCAAAACAUUUCACUCUCUGGAACAACCUAGUUCCGUAGUGUGUGACGUACAGUGUGGUCAACUGUGUACUCUGCAGCCGUGGUCCCUUGAUUCUUGCAUUUAUUCUUCAUGGAUACUGAACACAUAUUUGUCCUUGUGAUAUUGUGAGAAGUCCAUAUAUUUAUUCCUCUAUCUCUGAUCUCUUCACUCUAUCCACUCAACACCAUGAAAAUGGAACGUGAAUUUCCAGUUUUGCUGUGUGUCUUUGGAAUUAAUGCUGUCUUGAGUUUUGGCCAGCUGUCAGAUUGAUAUUGACGGUCAAUGGUCUUUGAUUUUUGUUGUUGUUUGUUAAAAGAGGCAGCAUUGAUGCAUUGUUAUGUUAAUCAAACCAUCAGCCUAAAGUGCUCAGUGUGCAACAUGGAGAAUGGAAACAGAAUAUCAUAUCACAAUCACGAUUACAAUUCAUUUAUAAUACCAAUAAUUUGCCAAAAUAUGUUCAUAUUUAUUAAUUGAAAGGACUAUUCUUGAAUGUCUGGUUUCAAUAAGUUCCAUGAUUUUGGUUAUUAAGAAAUGUAGCUUAGAUAUAUAUCAACUAAUAAUCCUAGACGAAGAAUACUCAAGGUGCCGGGUUAGAAGCUUUUAUCACAUACAGAUAAUAGUGGAGAUAGUAAUUCCAGAAUUUUCUAUAAUGGAAACUGAAAUAUUGCAUAUAUUAAGAACAUGCCUUGUACAAAUCUUGCUCAUGUGGUGAUUCUAAACCAAAUCUGUAUUGAUAGAAGCAAAUGGAAACUUUGUUCAAAAUGAUAUACUUUCAGUAAGGGUUCUGUGCAAUUGUGCUGUGUGUAGCGAGCGUCUACAACAUCUAGUGCUCGUUCUGUAGUUUCGCUAGUGCAUAGUCACUAAAUGCAUAAUAUGUCGAUGCUGACUAAACAUGCUUUAAUUUAAAUCAGUUUAUAGGUGGAUGUUUUCAGUCCUUUGUAACACUUGCUCAUGUUUUCUUCCUUGCUCAUUUGUACGAAAUACUGUUCUCCGACGAAUGUAGUGUGUUAGUAGUACACUAGUUGGGGUAUUGUUCAGUUUUGUUCAAUAGUAUGGAUGCAAACGUAUUGGUGAAAUUGGCCUCAGAUUUCCCUUAAGUUUAAUUUAUGCAAUCCAGAUUUUUUUGUAUUUUUGUAUUUUUCCUGUUGUUUUUUUUUCAACAUCUGUAUUGAAGAUACAUACUGAAGUUUCAUUUACCUCAUGUGUCUACAUAUCAGUGAAUGGCUGCUGAUUUCAUACUAUGUCAAUUGGGGCAAUUAGCCCUAACUAGUCUAUUUUUCCAAUAAUAUUUUGUUCAAUUUUUUAAAUAUUGUAAUCUAUUUUUUUUAUAAAAAUAUGCGACUUUAACAAGAGGAAGAAGCUAAAAUUCACCUCUCCUCACGUAAAUCUAUCAUCACAAAUUUUUUAGUUUGUUAGGCUGUACAAUUCAACAGCUUUACAAAUUAAUCUAAAAAUAUUAUCGGUGUCAUACUCAUCAACUCAUACAGUACUUCCAUUGUUUAGCAAUGACAAUGGAUUGUUUAUCCUACAUUUACAAAAUCCACAUCUAAAAGAUCAUCCCUGUAGAAAAUGAAAUAUUUAAUGCCAAAAUAUGGCAACUGUUGUGCCAUUCCCAAACACUUCUUAUAAAUUGAAGGAACUGUUUCCUGUAUUCCAUUCAACAUUGUACAUUACUUGUUUUUAUUUUAUAUAUACCAGAUUGUAUAUAUUCCCCUCAAAGGGUUUGUACAUACAUGUAUAAAGCACUUGUUGGAUGGGCUCAAGCAGGAGUAUUGUCCUGAAGAACUAUAUUGGAUGUCAGUAUUGACCAACACAUGCAUGUGAUGUGUAUGUAAGGGAUUGGUGUGUUGGAUCCGUGUGCAAUCCUUGGAACGACAUUCAUGUGCUCAUUGAGAUGCGGUGUACAAUAAGUAUGUAAAUAAUAGUUGAAAAUAAAUAGAAAUAUCAGUACAUA